CCCUGCCGUACUACACCUGGAAUAGUCCGGCCCCUGCCGGUGGCUUGGACCGUUCGCUCCUCCGCCCCUUCCCCUAGGCGGGCGGGAGGCUCGGUCCUGGGCCCCGGCCGGCCGGGGUGAUGGCGCCGCCUGCAGGCGGGGGCGAGGAGGCGGAGGGCGCACCGCUAGGGGAGGCGUCUGUGCUCGUGGAGGUGCGGGGCCUGGAAGCCGGGCCGGGGCCGGGGCCGGGGCCCGAUGGGCUGUGGCGACUGAAGCUGAGCGCCGAGGCCUCGAGGCCCGGGCACUUCCGCCUGUUGCUACAGGGCUCUGGGAGCCUUCCCGGGGAAGGCUUUCAGUGGCCCCUGGAAUCCGUGGCCUGCACCAGCCGUGGCCCCCGUGAGCUGGAGCUGCAGCCACCCAAGGAAGGUCCCGGGCCAGGUGCUCUGACUCUGUGUUUCCAAGACAGCCAGGACGCCCAGCGCUGGGGUGCCCUUCUGGAGAGAGCCCGGGAUCCUGCUCUCAGGGGCACAGCUGCUGCCAGCCCUGCCUCGGCCCCUUCCCCAGGCAUUCUGCCCCCUAGUAUUUCUACACCACCUCCAGCUUCUGAGGCCGAGUCCCUGUGGAGCCCCCAGGAUUUUUCUGAGAAAGAGGAGCUGGCAAACCGGCUGACCCAGGCCAUCUGUGGAGGAGAUGAGCAGGGAGCAGCUGAAGCCGCAGCUGCCCUGGCUCAGAGGCAUGUGCCUCUCAACAUCCUGCUCCAGGAGAGCUGCUUCCCGCCAGGGCCUAUCAGGGUGCAGGUCACAGUGGAAGAUGCAGCAUCAUCAGCUCACAUCUCCCUCCGGGUUCACCCUCACAGCACGAUAGCAGCCCUACAAGAGCAAGUGUUCAAAGAGUACGGCUUCCCACCCCGGGUGCAGCGCUGGGUGAUAGGCCGUUGUUUGUGUGUGCCCGAAAGGAGCUUGGCCUCCUACGGGGUGCAGAGAGAUGGAGACCCCGCCUUCCUCUACCUGCUUUCUGGGCCCCCUGGGCCUCACAGUGCUCGGCCUCCAGGCCGGGGACUAGAGGCCAGCCAGAAAUCAAAUGGGGAGAUCAGCUCCCUCCUCGCCCAGCAACCAGGGCUUCCUCAAGCCUCUCGUCCAGCCCCCACCAACCUUUCUGGAUGCCCUCAGGUCGGCUGGUCCUGCCCUUCCUGCACCUUCAUCAAUGUUCCUGGGCGACCAGGGUGCGAGAUGUGCAGCACCGAACGACCAGCUUUCCGAAGCCCACAGCCAGAGGCUCCUGCUCAGCAGCCCCCAAGGAUUACAAGGCGGGGAGAGGACAUGACCACUCCCUCCAACCUCGGGUCCCUGCAUGCCUUUUUUCACAUGUCAAGUGAAUUCUCCUGACCAGAUGAUGUCAAAUCAGUGGACUGGGGCUAACUUAUUGGAUUGAGGGCAGUCUAAGAGUGACUUAUCCACUUACACCUGGAUGGACCACUGAAUAGAAAUUGGACUAUAGUAAUAAAAAAAAAAUCCAUCGUAUUUGGAGAAGACUGUGUAAAAGCACUUUUACAUCCAUCAUGCAAGCCAGGUUCCUAUGAUUGAGAUCUCUCCCCUAAAUGGACUGGGAAGCAAUCAGUUCAGUUUAGCAAACAUUUAUUUAUUAAACAUUUGCUGUGUAUAGUCCUGUGCUCUGUAGCAUCUUCACAUGUCUACACAGGAUCCCUGCCCUUCAGAGAACUCACAGGCCAAAAAGGGAAUAAGAAUAGAGAAUAUGACCUAAGUUCAUUAAAGGUAAAAACCAAGGUGUUCUGUGAAGUCAGAAGGGUUAGGAGUAAUACUUGGGGUGGGCAUGGAUGAGAACAGGUUUCCUAGAAGAGUAGAUACUUGGGCUUUAAAAGAUGGGUAAAAGGGGGCAGCUAGGUGGCGCAGUGGAUAGAGCACUGGCCCUGGAGUCAGGAGGACCUGAGUUCAAAUCUGGCCUCAGACACACUUACUAGCUGUGUGACCCUGGGCAAGUCAAUUAACCCCAGUUGCCUCACCAAAAAAAAAAAAAAAAAAAAAAAGGGUAAAAAUCCACCAUGUAGAGAGAUUUGUGGAAUAGCAAAAGGCCAGAGGUGGGAACGUGUAGGGUUUGUGUAUGAGAAUUAUCCAGUUUGGCUGGAAUAGUGUUGUGGGAGUAAAUAUAAAAUAAGGCUAAAGAGGCAGCGAGGGAUGCCAAGUUGUGGAGGGCCUUUGAUGCCAGGAUAUGAAAUUUUAGGUUCCUUCAAGAGGCUCUUGUCUAGAAAACUAUUGGAGUUUGCAGGACUGAUGGGACAAGCUCCUUUUACAUAAGGAAUAUUCACUUGGCAUGUGAAGGACUGGAAGAGGUAUAGAGUCAGGAAGAUCUACUUAAGGUUAUUAGGAAAUGUCUAGGCAGGUAAUAAGAGAAUAUGCCAGUUUGGUGCCAGUAGGAAUAAUGGAAGUCAUGGGCAUGAGAUGUUGAGAGGAUGGAAUUGACAGGAAUUGGCAACUGUUUGGAUAUGAAGGAGUGAAGAAAAAAAGAUAUCCAAGGUGACAUACAGAUUAAUAAAACAUGUUUACAUAGAGGGAAACGAUAAACCCAUUCUUGGCGAUGAUGAACUUGAAGUUCUGGUGGGACAUCCAAGGUGAUGUCCUGGCUAGUUCCCAGAAUAAAGUUUAGAACUAGGAACAUAGCUCAGAGCAUUCUCUACAUUUGUUGAUGUUUUUCAGUUGUCUCCAAUUCUUCGUGAGUUGAGAUUUUCUUGGCAAAGAUCCUGGAGGAAUUUGCCAUUUCCUUCUCCAGCUCUUUUUUACAGAUAAGGAAACCAAGGCAAAUGAGUGACUUGCCCAGGUGCACACAGCUGGUGUCUGAGGCUGGAUUUGAACUCAGGUCCUAACUCCAGGCCAGGUGUUCUAUUUACCUAGCCUUAUCUAGAUAGACAUGAUUAAAAUUGCUAAAAGGAGAGUGUAGAAACAACAGUCAAGGGGGAUGCCCAAUUUAGGAAAUCCAGUCAGAGGAGAAACAAGUGGACUAUGCAGAACCAUGAUCAGUGUGGUCAAAUGAUACAGAGAAAUCAAGGAGAAUGAGGCCUUUGAAUUGUGUGAUUGGAAGUCAUUGGCAACCUUUUCAGCAGAAACUUGAGAUGAAAUGAAAGCCAGGUAAGAGGAUGAAGAGAGGAAAGAAUAAGAAAAUAGUAGAAAUUUUAUCCUUAGAAGCAGAUGGGUGGUACAGUGGAGAGUGCUGGCCUUGGAGUCAGAUCAAAUCUGCUUGCCUCAGUUUCUUCAUCUGUAAAAUGGGGUUAAUGACAGCACCUUUCCCCCCAGGGUAGUUGUGUGAAUAAAAUGAUCCUAUCUGUCAAGUGUUUUCCAGUUAUUUUCAAUUAAGUUUUAACACUGAAAACAGAAGAGAAAUGUGUGUAAAUGUAAAGGGCUUUUUUAGAUUUUCAAGGAUGUGCUUGCAGGAGCCAAUGGAAACAAAGUCAAGAUGCAUGAAGAAAGAAGGGGAUAAAAUGGAAUGAAGCUCUAGGAGAGUCAGAAGAGCAAAGAUAGAGGAACUGGCUUUAGUAAGAAACAGGGAUGACCAUGAAAAUCAAGGAGCUAAAACUUUGGAGAAAGGGUUGAGAAAGUGUGUGUGUGUAGUUCUUUUAGCUCUUUAAUAAAAGCUAUGUGGGUCAGUGGGGGCUAAGAGACUGGCUCUUGGAAGAGUCUGGCCCUGUAACUUGCAUGUCUCCCCUCCUUCCCUUAGUUCAUGCAUCCUACAACCACACCUGUACAUAAGGCACUGCCAUGCUCUCAAGGAAAUCAUGACAUAUCCUGAAGGGAACACAAACACACACAGAAGAGCAAGAUACUGAAUACAAAGGAGAGGUAAAGGUGCUCUAUGAGGAACUUGAGGAAGAUUAUUUUCACAUUUCGGGGAAAGACACAGGGAAGGAGAAAGGUAUCCUAAAUGCUGCACGGAGGGGAACAUGCCAUGUUCCUGGAAAGGAAGCAUUUUAAUGUUUGGGAGAGAGAUUGGACAGUCCAGUCCAGGUAUCUGUGGGAGAGAACAAGGGACUAGAAACAUUUUUUAGCACAGCUUACCUCAAAUAGAGUAUGUAAAUAGCAAUAGCAAGAAAAAGCUGGAAAGGUAGAUUGGAGGCCAGUUGUGGAAGGCUUUGCAUGCUGGGACACAUUAUUUGUGCUUUUACUCAGUGGAAAACCACUGAAGGUUUCUGAGUAAAAGCAUAAAAUGAUGAGAACAGUGCCUGAGGAAGGGAAAGUUACCUAAAAGUAGGAAGGUUAGAGAAGGCAGAUGACUGAGACCAGGGCAGUGGCACUAGGAAAAGGGACUGAUUUGAGAUAUUGGAAGUAGAGUCCAUAGGACUUUGAAAUAAUGGGAGCAGGGGGCCAGGAAGGUCAUCAGUUGAGGGUGGAACUGAAGAUGACAUGGUGUGAACCUGGGGUUCUAGGAGAAUAGAAGUAUCAUUAGUUAUCAAUAAAAUCUCAUUUUUGAAAAUA